GAGGCGACGACGGCGAGGCGAAGUGGGGCGGGCCGGUUGCUAAGACUUGGGGAAGCGCAGCGCUCGCGCUCCUGUCCCUCAGGUGGGCUGCCGGCUCCAGCCCAGCGCUGGUCAGCCACAGCGGAAAUGUCCGGGAAGGAGAACAACUUCCCCCCCCUGCCUGGGUUCCUGCCCUUGAAGCCGUGCUUCUACCAGAACUUCUCCGACGAGAUCCCCGUGGAGCACCAGCUCCUGGUGAAGAGGAUUUACCAGCUGUGGAUGUUUUACUGCGUCACUCUUGGGGUGAACCUUGUCGCCUGCCUGGCCUGGUGGAUUGGCGGCGGCUCCGGUGCCAACUUCGGCCUGGCCUUGGUCUGGCUGCUGCUCUUCUCGCCGUGCAGCUACGUGUGCUGGUUCCGGCCAGCGUACAAGGCCUUCCGGGCCGACAGCUCCUUUAACUUCAUGGCGUUCUUCUUCAUCUUCGGCGCGCAGUUCGUCCUGACGGUCAUCCAGGCGAUCGGCUUCUCGGGAUGGGGCGCGUGUGGCUGGCUGGCGGCGAUCGGAUUCUUCCAGACCAGUGUCGGGGCCGCCGUGGUCAUGCUUCUCCCGGCCAUCAUGUUCUCCAUGUCAGCCGCCAUGAUGGCCAUCGUGAUCAUGAAGGUGCACAGGAUCUACCGGGGGAAUGGCGGAAGCUUCCAGAAGGCGCAGACGGAGUGGAGCACUGGCACGUGGCGGGACCCGCCGACGCGAGAGGCCCAGUACAACAACUUCUCAGGGAACAGCCUGCCCGAGUACCCCACCGUGCCCAGCUACCCGGCCGGCGGUGGGCAGUGGCCUUAGGGGCCCCUGGUCCGGGGAGGCCGUGAGCGUGUCCACAGGCCCCCGAGUGGCGGCUCCGCGCUCUCUCCAGCUGGGAUGGCAGGAGGGCUCGGUGGCCACGGGAGGACGUCCCUCGGGCCCGGUGGCCGCAGGGGUUGGCAGGACCCCGUGCUGCUUUCCUCCCGCUUUCAAGCACUGCCUAGAAACCCUCCAGCCUUUGCUUCCCGGACAGAAGGGCCCCUCGCCUGCCUCCCGUGGGGUCCGUGGGGUCUGACAGCAGGACCUCCGUGGGGAGGGGCAGCAGCCGGCCCUUCCCCUCCUUCCAGAGCCGGUCCUGUCCUGGCCCCGACCCAGCCAUGCGCCCGCCCUGCCUGCUCCAAGCAGACGUGGUUCCCUGUUCCCCGCGGGCACAGAGGACCCCAGUUUCCGGCCCAGCCCCCCAGGUUGGCGCCCUCCCAAGCCCCCGUUUGCCCGGCCCAGGCCUGGCCUCUCGUCUUACGAUGCGCCCUCUGCCCCCGCAGGGAACGGAUUUUGGAGCUUGAUGGCCAGAGUUUGGCUGGGGCGAGGGCCCUUCCCUCCCCGUUGCAGGAACGUGGGGCAAUUUCCUUCCCGUCCUGAGGUGGGAGAGGACAGUGGCUCGGGCAGGAAGGGACGGAGGCCCCUCUCUGGUGUCAACGAGGGCGACGAGAUGCAGCAGUGACCCCCGGAGGAGCCGCUGUGCUCGCGGGCUGCCCGGGCCAGGGGCGGGGUGCUGGGCUGUGGGGCUGCGCCUGGGCCCCUCUUCAGCAUCCUAAUUCCAAUAACCCCUCCCACGGCUGCGGGAAGCCGGGCAACUGCGGGUUUCCCAGGAGCCCUGCCGGGGACAGCCUCCUGAAAGGGGAUGAGAUACAGCAAAUCUCUGUGCCUUAUCGAGGAUGAAGCCACCGCCAGGUCUCGGGUAAUGGACACGCCUUUCCUCGCUCCUCUCGAUGCCCUAACUCCCUCCAAGUCGUGUCGGCGUGUCGUGAGGGUCCAAAGCACACGUAGGGAUCCCUGCCACCUCUGUUAGUGACAUGGGCCAAAAAGCAGCCUUUUUUUCAGGACUAACCUUUUCGUAGCACUCGCUGGCCCCGCUUCCUGGGCUCCACUCCUCCCGUCCCUCCUGGUGGGACAGGCCCCUUCCCUGCACACUCCUGCCGAGGGGCUGCUGGCACCUGCAGAGUCAGGCUCUGUGCCCAGAGGGGACCACAGUCCCCAGAGAAGGCGCCUCAGGCCUGUGUCCUGCUGAGCAGAGGCCGCAAGGCCAAGACACCCACUGGGGUCCCCCGUGACACCCCCAAGGCCACUUCCAGCCAGACGAGGCCCACGGGCCUGUGCCAGGUAGCCCGGUUCUGCCCUCUGGAGGGCCAGUGACAUCAGCAUCGGCCCCUUCCCCCCGUCACACAGCCAGCUUUCGUUACCUGGAAACACCCUGGAAAUAAACCCUGUUUCUGCCUCAGACCAA